AUGGCGGAGUUUGUACGUGCCCAAAUCUUCGGCACGACCUUCGAGAUUACCAGCAGGUACACGGACCUACAACCGGUGGGAAUGGGAGCAUUUGGGCUUGUCUGCUCCGCAAAGGAUCAACUCACUAGUCAGGCUGUGGCUGUCAAGAAAAUAAUGAAACCUUUCAGCACUCCUGUCCUGUCUAAGCGCACAUACCGAGAAUUGAAGCUCUUAAAGCACCUGCGUCAUGAAAACGUCAUCAGCUUAAGCGAUAUCUUCAUAUCACCGCUCGAGGACAUCUACUUUGUCACCGAGCUCCUAGGGACCGACCUACAUCGCCUGUUGACCUCAAGACCUCUCGAGAAACAAUUCAUCCAAUACUUCUUGUACCAGAUCUUGCGAGGAUUGAAAUACGUGCACUCUGCAGGAGUUGUCCACCGCGAUCUGAAGCCCAGCAACAUCCUUGUGAACGAGAAUUGUGACUUGAAGAUCUGUGACUUUGGUCUCGCCCGUAUUCAAGACCCGCAAAUGACGGGCUAUGUGUCGACAAGAUACUAUCGUGCCCCAGAGAUCAUGCUCACAUGGCAAAAAUACGACGUGGAGGUGGAUAUAUGGAGCGCAGGAUGCAUAUUCGCGGAGAUGCUUGAAGGAAAGCCCCUGUUCCCUGGCAAAGAUCACGUCAAUCAGUUCUCCAUUAUUACGGAGCUUUUGGGUACACCACCAGACGAUGUCAUUCAGACCAUUGGUAGCGAAAAUACCCUCCGCUUUGUGCAGUCACUACCAAAGCGGGAACGACAACCCUUGUCGAACAAGUUUAAGAACGCAGACCCACUGGCCAUCGAUCUACUCGAGAAGAUGCUCGUUUUCGAUCCUCGACUACGAGUACGGGCUGGGGACGCUCUAGCACAUGAGUACCUCGCUCCCUACCAUGAUCCAAGCGAUGAGCCGGUAGCGGAAGAGAAAUUCGAUUGGUCAUUCAAUGAUGCUGAUCUGCCAGUUGACCAAUGGAAGGUUAUGAUGUACCAAGAAAUCCUUGAUUUUCAUCAAAUCGAGCAGCCUGACGGGCAGGAGGACCAAAAUGGAUACCAGUAG